GGUAAAUGCCAAUUGGCAUUGGUUUCUAUUGACACGCUUAUUCCAAAUGAAUCGUUAUUCAGAUGCCUGAAUCUCAGGAUUUCUCAAAAUGCUCUAUGAGUACCGGGACUCUGAUCCAAGGCACGGGGACCGAUAUUCCUAGAAACGGUUUUCUCUUACCUUCCAACACGGUCUAUGACUUACGGAAAUCGAAACUUCGAGCUUCAAAGAAAUUUGAAGUUUGGCCGCUUAUUUACGGCACUGGAAUUGGGACCGCCGUUGUUUUACUGUCAUCUUUCGUAAUCCACAUAAACGCUAGACAGCUCUUCCACCUAUAUACUCGGAGCCAUUUUUGGUCUACCUUGUAUGCUCCAGUGCUUUUUUCUGGCGCCUUAUAUUGGAUAAGCUUUGAGGGCCUGAUAACCCGACGUGUCUUGACCAGGACUUCUUUUGAUGUUGAAGGGUAUGGCGAUUGUGACCUUUGUUUGGAGGUUCGUGGCUCAUUGAUCCAGAUGGGUUGCGGUUGUCUUCUUCCUGGAUCACUGUCCUAUUUAACUUGCACCCUCGCUGCACUACAUGAGCGAACGUAUCCGAUCCCAAGUCUCGGUAAUCCGAAAGAAGUGUGGUCCACAGUGAAGCGCUUCUGUCGUGGGCUUCGCACCACUGGUUCUGCGCUUCUUCUAGCGCACUGUGUAAUGGGCUCGCUGUUAGCUGGAUGUAUGAUCAAAGCGAACCAGAAGGCAUUGAAAGAAGAGAAACAGUUGCUCAGCAAUUUUGGAGAACUAUCUGCUCCUAAUGAGUGAAACGACUUUACUGCGCUUUUACUGCUUCUGCUCCCUAUGUAUUAUAUUCAGUUCUUUUUUGUGCACAAAUAUAGCGUUUCCUUUUGGCUUAUCUCAAAAUGCAUUGCUUGCAUUACGUUUGCUUUGGAUGCAAUCUUUCAUUUUGCUGAAUC